AUGUCUAUCUUUGGGGCCUUCAAGCAAAAGCUUGGCCGCAAGUCAUCAUCUUCUCGCAAGUCUAAGCAGGCAUCCCAGUCGAACAUGUCGACACCCGACAGCAAUAAUCCCUUUUCAAGCUCUGCAGUCAAACCCGCCCAUCGUGAGUCUUUACCCAACAUCAUCGUUACUCCUCCGUCUCCGACCAAGAGCGCUAAUCAGCCUUCAGCUCCCGACCAUGCUCCUCCAGCUUACUCGGUAACACCACCCUCUCCGUCGGAGAAUGGCUACCUGGGAAGCAAUGGCGGACCUGUUAGAAGCCCCUCGCCCGCCCCAUCCAACGCUGGCUCCAUCAUGUCAAGCACCGGCAUGAGCGUUUCGACGCCAGAGGACCCCUACGCAUUCCUUUCCUCGUUCGACACCAUCUUCGUUAUUGACGAUUCGGGGUCCAUGUCCGGCCGCUCGUGGCCCGAGGUCCAGGGUGUAAUCCGCAACAUCGCUCCGAUCUGCACGUCACAUGACGAGGACGGCGUUGACCUCUACUUCCUCAACCACAAGACCCAAGCAGGUGGAAAUCCUCGUGAGGGUAAAGCUGCGGGUGGCUACUACGGCAUCCGUCGUGCCGACACGGUCGAGGGCAUUUUCACGUCGGUUCGUCCUCGCGGUUGCACGCCUACGGGCCAGCGCCUCCUCGCCAUUCUCAAGCCUUAUCUUCAGCUCCUCGAGACCAAGAAAAACGACAUCGAGAGCGUCAAGCCCAUCAACCUCAUUGUCAUCACCGACGGCGCCCCCUCCGAUGACGUCGAGGCCACUAUCCUCUACACAGCCAAAAAGCUCGACAAGCUCGACGCUCCCAUGCACCAGGUCGGCGUGCAAUUCUUCCAGGUUGGCAAUGAGCCUGGUGCUCGCGAGGCGCUCCGAGAGCUCGACGACGACCUCGUGGGUAGAUGUGACGGUGAUCUUCGAGACAUGGUCGACACUGUUACUUGGGAGACCGGUACCCGUGGCGUGCUCACGGCAGACAAUAUCCUCAAGGUCGUUCUCGGCGCGGUGGUCAGACGUCUCGAUCGUCGUCGUACAAGUGGCGAAAGCCGUCGCUGA